GGUUUGGAGCAGUGGCGGGAAGAGGGCGCCCCCUCAACUUGAAAAUGAAGUUUGUGUGCGGCCAGUGCUGGAGAGAAGGACAGGUCAAUGAGCCCGACAAAAACCUCAAGUACUGCACCGCCAAAGCACGGCACAGCUGGACGAAGGAGCGUCGGGUCCUGCUGGUGAAAUCAUUUGAGAAGAAGAAGUGGGUUGUUGUUCGGCCUCUGCCCUUCUCUCGCACAUAUCCACAGCAAUAUGACAUGUGUGUGCAUGUGAUGAAGCAGAAGAAGUGCCACUACAUUGGGAAUUGCUCCUUUGCUCACAGUCUGGAGGAGAGGGACGUCUGGACGUACAUGAAGAACAACAGCUUAAGGGACAUGCAACAGAUGUACGAACUGUGGCUGCAGCUCACCAAUCAGAGCAGACGCACAGAUAGCUCUGCUGUGACCCCUCCCCCAGAGGACAAGCAGGUCACCAUAACCGCAGAUUACACGGAAAGCAUGGGAGGCCAACGGUUGGACGGGGACGAUCUCUGAGAGCGGCUGUGUGAGCAGAGUCAGCUGAUUGCCGCUGAACUGCCGAGACAGAGAGACAGGCCUGCCAUACCAGCCACAACCGAACAGUCUGUCAUCUUUCCAGUCUGACCUCCUCUAGCAUCUAGCCAGCAGUGUGAGAGCAGAUUGACGUGCAACAAAAUGGUUGACCCCACCCCCUUAAACAUGACAUAUAUAUAUAUAUAUAUAUGCACACACACGCAAACACUCUGACACAGCACAUGAAACACAAUCACAGGCACCGGUUAACACAAAGAGAAAGCUCUGUAAGUGAAAAUACAGUACUUGGCUUUAGCGUUGUUUUAAUUGAUAUCAUGCUGCAGUUACACACAGCAUCUUUAGGUUCCCCUUCAGCAGAUUAUACCGCAGAGAUUCCACAGACAACUAGUUUUGCUCUGACUAAAACAAUCAACUAGUUAUUCCCUAGUGCUGUUUGGACUGAGUAUCUCUUAUUAUUAUUAUUUUUGUGUCUAAAUCCUCGCAGCACUGAAACAAUUCUUAGGUGGGGCUCGCUGGUCGUUGCCCUUAAAUUACGCUUGGUGGUAGUUCGAAACUGAAUUGAAGCUCGGGCACUCUUACGCUUAAAAGUUCGAAUUUUAACUUUGGAGUGCCAAAAAUACCAAGCCCUCAAUGCUGUCGAUGGCUAACAAGUCUGAAUAAACUAUGAAGCAUUAUAAAAAGAGGUUCUUGGUCCUCGUUGGGCUGCAUGACAACCAAAUCCCACUCUCCUUCCUUCUUGGAAAUAUAUCGAGAGAGUCUAAGUAAUUUCUGGAGAUGAAUGAUUUUCAGCGCAAUGUUUUUUUUUUCAAUGGGAGUUGUACUUCCUUGUUGUAUUGUCUGCCAUAUUGGUAGAACGCUAUGAAUGUAAUGCCUGCAUGGGCCUUUAAAACUAGGAAAUUAGUCAUUUGAAACGUUGCUGUGGUUGUGGAAUGUAUGCAAGUAUAUUUACAUGCCCAAAAACAAACUUGUGUAACAUGACAGUUUUCCCCCUCCCCCUCCUCUUUAUUGAUUAAGAAAAGGAACCCUGAUAGCUGGUUGUGUACUCAUACCAACCAUUUGUACAUGGGACGAGCACAGACACACACACACAAUUACACAUUAACCCCGUAGUUGCUGCCGGCCGAUGUCCAGGUGAAUCAAAGCAUGCGUGAAUGUCAGCUUCUUCUCAGGUUGACAAAAA